AUGGCGUCAUUCGGCAAUCCCACACAGAUCUUUGGCGACGAUGUGAUCGAGGAGAAGGGAGAAAAUGCUCGUCUGUCAGCAUUCGUUGGUGCCAUCGCAGUUGGUGACCUUGUGAAGAGCACUUUGGGUCCCAAGGGAAUGGAUAAGAUUCUGCAGUCUGCAUCAAGCGGAGAGAUUCUCGUAACCAACGACGGUGCCACCAUUUUGAAAUCGAUUGCUCUCGAUAACGCGGCGGCGAAGGUGUUGGUCAACAUUUCUAAGGUUCAGGACGAUGAAGUGGGUGAUGGAACAACAUCUGUCACCGUGCUGGCUGCUGAGCUGCUGCGCGAGGCAGAGAAGCUGGUCAGCGCCAAGAUCCACCCCCAGACCAUCAUUGAGGGCUACCGGAUAGCCAGCCGUGCUGCUCUUGCUGCUCUCGAUAACGUUGCCGUCGACCGGAGCCAGGACCCUGAGGCCUUCCGCAAGGACCUUCACUCCAUCGCCAAAACCACCCUCAGCUCCAAGGUUCUGGCACAAGAUCGUGAACACUUCGCUCGAUUGGCCUGUGAGGCCGUCCUCCGUCUCAAGGGAUCCACCGAUCUCAGCCACAUCCAGAUCAUCAAGAAGGCCGGUGGCAAGCUUAGUGACUCGUACUUGGAUGAGGGUUUCAUUUUGGAUAAGAAGAUCGGUGUCAACCAGCCCAAGCGGUUGGAGAACGCUAAGAUUCUGGUUGCCAACACUGCCAUGGAUACAGACAAGGUGAAGAUUUUCGGAGCUCGCGUCAAGGUCGAGUCGACUGGCAAGCUGGCCGACCUGGAGAAGGCCGAGCGAGAGAAGAUGCGUGCCAAGGUUGAGCGCAUCAAGGCCCACGGUAUCAACUGUUUCGUCAACCGACAACUGAUCUACAACUGGCCCGAGCAGCUGUUCACCGAGGCUGGAAUUAUGUCUAUUGAGCACGCCGACUUCGACGGCAUUGAGCGUCUCGCACUGGUUACCGGUGGUGAGAUCGCCUCCACUUUCGACCACCCCGACCAAGUGAAGCUGGGCUCCUGUGAUCUGAUCGAGGAGGUUAUUAUUGGUGAAGAUACUUUGAUCAAGUUCUCCGGUGUGGCUGCUGGCCAAGCCUGCACCAUUGUGCUGCGUGGUGCUACCGAGCAGUUGCUGGAUGAAGCCGAGCGUUCCCUUCACGAUGCCCUUGCUGUCCUCUCCCAGACUGUCAAGGACCCUCGCAUCACCCUUGGUGGUGGCUGUGCUGAGAUGGUGAUGGCUAAGGCUGUUGAGCAGGCUGCCCAGAACACCACUGGCAAGAAGCAGUUGGCUGUGGACUCAUUUGCCCAUGCUCUCAAGCAAUUGCCCACUAUUCUGGCUGACAAUGCUGGUUUGGAUUCGAGCGACUUGGUGACUCGUCUGCGACAGGCGAUCAACAACGGCAUGACUAGCUCUGGUCUGGAUUUGUUGACUCCUGGCGGUGGUAUUGCGGAUAUGCGUGAACUCGGUGUGGUGGAGGCUUACAAGCUGAAGAAGGCAGUGGUUUCAUCUGCCUCAGAGGCUGCUGAGCUUCUUCUGCGUGUAGACAACAUUAUCCGUUCUGCUCCUCGUCAACGAAACCGAAUGUAA